UUUGUUUUGUUUUGUCCGUAAAAUCGCUCGUCUCGCAAAAAAAAUCUCCUCGCCUCCCAAAAAUCCCUUAAAUUAAUCCAACAUGACUACAGCUAACGGAAAAUUGAUUGAAAAUCUGGAAAUGCAAUUGAAACGUCUCGUAACGGAAUUAAAGGACCUCGACGAAUGCAGAGACGAAUUAACUCCCGAUGAAUUCGAUACAAUCAAAGAAGACCUCAUUGAACAGUUCAAAGAGUUCCAAGAAACCCUAGAUCGACUUCAAAAAGGCGACACAACACUCGAAUCCAAAGUAUCUCAAAUGCGAAAUGAAAUAAAAAAUGCGAUAAGGACGGCUUUUAACACGACCGAGAUGAUCAAAAUGUUUGUGGAACAAGAUUCGCACGAGCUACUUAACCAAUUAUUGAGUCUCGAGGAGGAAUACAAGCUGAAACGCAUCAAACUUGAAGACAUGGAGGAGAAAAAGACUAAAAUUCUGAAGAGACUGCAGAAACAGGGAUAUGCGUUGUCUGAAAAUGAUACCAAAUUUUUGAAGGAAAAGAGCCAAAUUUACUUGCAGAGCAUUGACGAUGCGGAUGCAGAGAAUUAAAAAUUUAUCUACUUUAUGUGACCAGUAUGGCCAUGAAUUUAGCCAUAAUUUUUAUACGGAAUCUUAACUUUUGAUGAAUGUUUUGAUAUAUAUUUAUUAACUGUACUACUUAUACAUUCGAGAAAAUGUAAAUUUUUAUACCGUUUGAGAGCUUUAACAUUUUUUGUGCGAAUAAAAGGAAUUAACC